AAUACCGAUGUCGGGUUGAUGAAUAAGAUAACACAUUACAUUGUAUUUUAUAGUAUCAGAGCCAGAAAAAAUAAUAAUAAGAUAACACAUUACAUUGUAUUUUAAUUCCCUUUUAUAGUAUUUGAAAAUUAAAAGUAUAAACUUUGUAUAUGUUUUAUUGCAUUCAAAACCAUUUGACAAUAAAAAGUAAUAUAUUGUCAAUGUAAGUUAACAACUUUUUCCUUUUCGCAUCUUCAUGUUAUCUAAUAAUACCUACUUAGAUGAAAAGUAAAGGAUAAAUUAUUUGUCCAUGUUAUACAAGAUGAAUUCUUGUGAUUGCAACUUAAUAUUUAUACAAAGGAGAAUAUUACAUUAAGUCAUUCAUUAGCCAUGACAGCCAAAAAAAAAAACGAACCGUGAGCGUUCCUCUUACAACAAACAAACAGAAAAAUGGAAUAUGCGUUUGUUGAUAUAUAAUUAUGAAUGCCAACUCCUGUCCUCUCCUUUUGAUAAAGUGGAGUCUUUAUUAAGUCAAACUAAUAUCUACUCAAAACAAUUUUGUUGGGACCGUUUGGUGUAAUGUCCAAUUAACUUUGGUUCUUUUAGUGAAGUCCUUCACCCUUCCCACUUCUAUAUAUACCUGCAUAUACAUACAUACACGUUACACACAUUUACUGAGAGCAGAACAGAGAGCAAUGGAGGCUGAAAAGACAGAGAAGAAGAUUACAGGGGAAGAUGAUGAUGAGUCUAAGAUCAUCUACAGAGGGUGGAAAGUCAUGCCCUUCAUUAUUGGUACUAACUGAUCCAUAUCUCUUAAACUGUUUUUAACUUAUAUUAUUAAUAUUGAAACAAAACAAGAUUAUAAAGUAUACUGCAACCUUACAAACUAAUAUCGUUGAGAAUAUGAUAUCUUAUUAUUUACAUAAAUAUCAAUUAAUUGAUGAUAACCAAUUUUUUUCUGCUUUUCUUUGUCUACCACGUUUCACUUCUUUUCUUUGCUUUAAAAAUAUUUUAUAUAACAUUUUGAUUAGUGUGUUUUGUCUUAAUGUGUUAGGAAAUGAGACAUUUGAGAAGCUUGGAAUAGUUGGGAGCUCAUCAAAUCUAGUUAUAUACUUAACCACGGUUUUCAACAUGAAAAGCAUCACGGCAGCGACAGUAGUCAACAUCUACUCUGGUACAAGCAACUUUGGCACCAUCGUCGCCGCUUUCCUCUGCGACUCUUACUUCGGCCGCUACAAAACCCUAUCUGUCGCCAUGAUCGCUUGCUUCCUCGGUUCGGUGGCAAUGGACCUAACGGCAGUGAUCAAUCAGCUGCAUCCAGCUAAAUGCGCUAAAGAGAUAGGUAGCGUGUGCAAGGGGCCAUCCAUCGUACAGAUAAUGUUUCUUGCCGGAGCAAUGGUUUUGCUGGUGAUCGGAGCCGGUGGCAUCAGGCCAUGCAAUCUCCCGUUUGGUGCUGACCAGUUUGAUCCUAAGACUAAAGAAGGGAAACGAGGGAUUGAGAGUUUCUUUAAUUGGUAUUUCUUCACCUUCACGUUUGCUCAAAUGGUGUCGUUAACGGUCAUCGUCUACGUGCAGUCGAACGUGAGCUGGAGCAUCGGUUUAGCCAUCCCAGCUAUCUUAAUGUUUCUUGGUUGCAUCAUCUUCUUCUCUGGUUCUAAGCUUUAUGUCAAGGUUAAACCUAGUGGCAGUCCUAUUCACAGCAUAACACGCGUCAUCGUAGUCGCAAUCAAGAAAAGGAAGUUGAAUCUCGUUGGUUCGAUGUACAACCACACUGCAAAGGACUUCAGGAACUCGAAACUGAGCCAUACAGAGCAGUUUAGGUUCCUUGACAAAGCGGCAAUCCAAACGCCAGACGAUAAGCUGAACAUAGACGGCUCUCCGGCGGAUCCAUGGAAGCUCUGCAGUAUGCAGCAAGUGGAGGAAGUGAAAUGCGUGAUUCGGGUGCUUCCAGUUUGGCUCUCAGCAGCCUUGUUCUAUGUAGCUUAUAUACAACAAACAACCUACACAAUCUUCCAGUCUCUUCAAUCCGAUAGACACCUCGGUUCAAAGAGUUUCCAGAUCCCUCCCGCCACUUAUACAGUCUUCUUGAUGCUUGGAAUGACGAUAUUCAUACCUAUCUAUGACCGCGUCCUUGUACCUUUCCUUAGAAAGUAUACAGGUAGAGACAGCGGUAUCACUCAACUGCAAAGAGUUGGAGCAGGAAUGUUUCUAUGCAUCACAAGUAUGAUGGUGUCAGCAACUGUAGAGCAACACAGAAGAACUGUAGCUCUCACAAGACCGCCACUAGGCUUUGCACUAAGGAAAGGCGCAAUCUCUUCGAUGUCCGGUAUGUGGCUGAUUCCUCAGCUAGUGCUAAUGGGUGUUGGGGACGCUCUAGCUGGAGUUGGUCAGAUGGAGUUUUACUAUAAACAGUUUCCAGAGAACAUGAGAAGUUUCGCUGGUUCUUUGUAUUAUUGUGGGAUUGGAUUGGCGAGUUACCUCAGCAGCUUUCUGCUAUCAGCUGUGCAUAAUAUCACAGAGGGAUCUUUGGGUGGGAAUUGGCUUCCUGAAGAUCUAAACAAGGGAAGACUGGAGUAUUUUUACUACUUUGUUGCUGGUAUGAUGACUAUAAACUUUGCUUAUUUCUUAUUAGUCUCACAUUGGUACCGUUACAAAGAUGUUGUGGCCAAGGACAAUGACAUAGAUAAGGUUUCAGUGUAAUAACUAUUCCCUCUUUGGGUUUAGGAUUUUGAGUUGGGUUUGAGAUGAAUAAAGAUACACAACCUUUGAACAAAACAUUACAUAUAAAUACAACCCAAAAUGUUUGUAUUGAAAGAAUUUUAUGUUUACCACUUUCAUGGUACUACUUUUCAUCUUUACCAUCACUAAAGAGAUAUUUUCAAAAAAUACAUUCUUCAUUAAAUGGUAAAAGAUUCUUAUACCCUUGUUAUCUAUAUAUAAUAAAUUAUUAUUUAAAUAAAUAAAUAAAAUAAAACAGAAAAUAAAUAUUGUUUUAUGUUUUCGAAUUAUACUUUUUCAAAUUCAAACUUUUUUAUAAUUUUUUUUUUCAAAUUGUUUUUUAUUUUUUUCAAAAUUUCUUUUUGAAAAUCGAUAAUUAUGUUUGAAACUAUUUUUUAAUUUUUUUUUUAAUUUUUUAAGUAUUUAUUUAUAUAUUUAUUAGAAUCCUAAAUUUCACAUUUCAAAAACUCUUCUCUACCUCUCAAAUCUAAAUCCUAAGUAUCUAGAUUAGUUAACCCGAGGAGUAAAAGUGUCUUUUAUCCUUCAUUAAAGGUGAGGGUAAAAGUGAUUAGUGUAAACAUGAAAAAUAGUACUAUGAAUAUUGUAUUUGUGGCAGUUUCUCGUAUUAGAGUUGAUUUUAUUAUUGAAACUAAAUUACAUAAAACUCUUACAAUUCAUAAUAACUUCACGGAAUCUAUUUACCAUGGGCUGAGACUGAACCAAGAAGGAAACCGGUUAUGAACCUUCAAGAAAACGAAACCAAAUUCUUUCGGAUGAAUUCAAGUGAUUGUAUAAUAAUAACUUAGUAUUAUACUAACCUUUAGCUUUCUUCAACAUCUUCAUGUCCAGCUCCUUCACCACAGUACUCCAAAGCUUCAAGAGGCCACAAGCCAAUCUUACACGACUACCAACACCCAUUUUGUGAUUUUUAUUUUUGUUUUGCUUUCUUUUUUUGAUAGUAUGUUGUAUAGCUAUAUAUAAGAGGAGACAAGAGUAGGCUUCAGCUUGAUGAGUAAGUAAUAUUAACUUUUGGUUUUUGUCCUUACGCUCUGAAGGGCCUCCAUUGAGAAUUUGAGAGCAUUGUUUCGCUUGACCAUUUUUCUCUUAGGGCAUUUAACCUUGAUUUGUACUUGUUAAACUUUUCAUUCAUACUUUUGUUUGUUUUAUU